CACAACUUCAACACGGAACACCAGCAUCACGGCAUGGUUGCCUGAUCUUCUCGCGGCUUGCGCACCGAUCCGACACCAUGGCCUUCGACGACGACGACACUCCUAAUGCGCCGGCCUCCGCCACCAGCACUGCUGCGCCCGAGGAUGCUGACGAAGAUACCCCCGACUACAAGCUCUUCUUGUCCAUGUUCGAUAAAUCCGGUGUUUCGAGCAAGGCAAUUCGCAAGGGCGAGAAGGAUUUCGAGUCGCACGGAACCCGGGCGCAGGACAAUCUUCUGGAGGCGAGCCGUAAUGUCAUGGACAAUGUGCUGAGCUACACAAGAAUACACCGAGAGGAUGCUUGGGUACGAGGCUGGUGCUUCCCCGACUGGUGGGCAGACCUUGAACAGGCUGGAGAAGAAGAAGGGCUGUGGCUACGAGACAGAGUUGUCGCGAUGGAGCACGAGCGAGGAAACUGGCAAAAGGACAUCGGGCGCGCGGUACCAGGCAAGCUCGAGCGAGCUGGUGCUGGGCGGCUUUGGCUACUGCCAGAGGAAGCCAUCUACCUGGUCGAGCGCGGGACCCUCGACCUGUGGUGGCCCAACCGACAACUGGAAGAACUGCUUCCCAAGGCUGAGGCUGCGGACGAGGCUGGACUCGACCUAGGGCCGGACGACUACGAUGCCGGACUACCGCUAAGUCUCGAGGCAGCCUAUUCUCUCUUCGUCGGCUACGAUGGCGAGAGGGGAAAGAUCUCACUACCCAAGUAUCAUGUCUUCUCGCAUCUGAAACGAGCAGGCUUCCACGUCCUACGUGCACCUCCACAACCCCAAUCAACAUCACCUCCGCCCCCCACCAAGACACUAUGUGAGUGGCUGUUUUCCUUCGUCAGCCAGGACGCGCGUCCAAGGCAGCAACCAUUUGGGCGCCUUGUCCAGCCAGGACUUUAUCGUGCCUAUCGGCCCAUCUAUCAAAAGUUGGCGAUUCUCCCCCGCCACAAACCGCUGCCUACACCGGCAGAAGUGCAUACUCCGGAAGAGCCUUUCCGCAUAUUCUUUCACGUGUGGAAGACGGGUGGUGCUCCAUUCUCCAAGAAGAGCCCCCCACCACCCGAUUUCCGCAUUGCAGUUGUUGAUGCGGGCGACUCAUGCGUACCGUCGCUUGAGCAAAUCGAGGCGCUCCUAGAGUCAACACCUUACGACCCCCCAAUUAAACCGGCGUGGCAAGGGCCAGGCCGUAUGUACCAACGCCUCAAGCAUGGACAUCGAAACGUGCUCGUGGCAAUCGUGGACCGCGGUCUUGUCAACUUUAUGAGGUUUGGAGAAGGCGCCUUCGGAGAAGAGAGACUGUUUGAACGGUUUGAUAACCGGGGCGGUCCUAGGGGAGGCAAGAAAGGCGGCCGCGGAGGAGGAAGAGGACGAGGUCGGGGCCGAGGUGGUCGAGGCGGUCGAGGACGUGGUGGAUAAUGUAUCAAAUAAAGAAGACAUGAGGAAAACACGACUUACGACAAUUUACGAAUGGGCGAGUCAUACGAUCUACCUAGACUGACGU